UAUCACCUUUGUCGAGAAGAUCACAUCCAACUGUGCCAGUCAUUCAAAUGCCCGAGUCCCGCAUAGAUCGAGAUAGAGAGUGCCGUCCAGUAUCACCUCCUGUACCUAGUCGCCAUGUUUCGAAGGUUGAUUUGUUCGAACUCUUGACGGAGAUGAGAGGCAACAUGUCAGAGUUACGAGAUGAGGUCGCGAUGCUACGAGCUGGCUUAGGAUACCUUCAUGCUGAGAUUGCAGCGAUACAAGGCGACAUAGCAGGCCUGCGACGGACUGGUGGUUAUUGGGAUGGAGGGGAUGAUGGAGGGAUUGGCGAUUAUCGAAUAGGGAUUGAUGGAAGGACUGGUGGUUUUCAUGGAUGAGGAGGUAUGGGGUAUGAUGAUUCUUUGUGGCCAUCGGAUGCAGCAUUCGAGUCUUCUAUAUAAUACGGAGGGUAUGACCUCGAUGGAAGCAGGGGAGAAGGUGCAAGAGGUCGCGGAGGGUGUGACCCCGAUGACUACGGGGGAGAUGGUAGAGGA